CCAUGCUGCCCAAAAUGCUCAUCAUCUUCUGGCGGGGCUCCAAGGAGAUUGGCUUUGUUUCAUGCCUUGUUCAGUUGUUCUUUGUCCACACCUUCACAGGUGUGGAGUCAGGCGUGCUCGUGGCCAUGGCCUUGGAUCGCUAUUUUGCCAUUUGCCAUCCCCUGCGGCACUCCAGCAUCCUCUCCAUGCCAGUGGUGGCAGCUCUCGGGAGCCUGGUGCUGCUGCGUGGAGUCCUCCUGGUGGGUCCUGCCUGCUUCCUGCUCCGUAGGAAGGCCUUCUGCCAGCAUCGUGUCAUCUCCCAUUCCUACUGUGAACACAUGGCCGUGGUGAAGCUGGUAUGUGAGGACACCAGAGUCAAUGCUGCUUAUGGCAUCUCUGUGGCUGUGGCAGUGAUAGGAGCUGACCUUACAGUGAUCGUUGUGUCCUACACUAUGAUCCUGGGGGUGGUACUGAAGCUGUCAUCAUCUGACACACAGCUCAAGGCCUUUAACACAUGUGUAUCCCACAUCUGUGUCAUCCUCGCGUUUUAUGGCCCUGCCUUAUUCACAUCUAUCACCCACCGGUUUGGACACAGCAUCCCUCAGCACAUCCAUAUAUUGGUGGCCGAUAUCUAUCUACUGGUACCCCCCACAGUGAACCCCAUCAUUUAUGGGGUCAGAACCAAACAACUCAGGGACAAGAUAGUUGUCCUCUUUCAGAGGAAGGGAAUCUGACCCGUGUCUGUGUGCCACAAACUGAGCUGAUGAUUUAUACGGAACCCUGGUCAAUUUAUUGGGUUUACUCUGUGACUCUUUGUUCAGAGAGAACCUUUUCCUUAAUGCUUGGAGCACUGGGAGAGCAUUCCUGCAGAGAUCUCUAGAUUUUCCUUUCCAUUAUUUCUCCUAAGUAUCUCAGGAAGAACUUCAGCAGUAAGUCUCACGUGCAGAGUGUUCUUUGGACUAUAUGAAAUUAAAUCCUUUCAAAAAUAUCAGAAUUUCUCUGUGAUGACACAAAACAUGUUUUACAAAAUCACUGCUCGGUAUGUGAGAAAGGUUGUAGGCUGAAUGUCGUGAAGCUCAGCUGGGAACCCAAAUUUAAGUGUUGAAUCUGACUCUAACAAGUUCUGGAACUGUGCUCUGUGUGCAAUGUGAGCUGCAUUACCAGGUGCAGAAGACAUCUCUGAUCUGGCCUGCCACUGCUCGGAGCUCUCUGUCCCCACAGAAGUCCUGAUAACGGGACU